UCACUUUUAUCCCAUUUCUCUAUUAAAAUUUCAAACCUACGUUGCCGGUUUCUUCAUGAUCUCAUAAUUACGGAAAGGUUUGUGAGGAAAGAAGAAUGGCUAAUAGAGUAGAUCAUGAGUACGAUUAUUUAUUCAAGAUCGUGUUGAUAGGGGAUUCGGGAGUUGGAAAAUCCAAUAUUCUAUCGAGGUUUACGAGGAAUGAAUUUUGUCUGGAGUCUAAAUCCACCAUUGGAGUCGAGUUUGCCACCAGAACUCUUCAGGUAGAUGGAAAGACCGUAAAGGCUCAAAUUUGGGACACAGCCGGACAAGAGAGGUACAGAGCGAUAACCAGUGCAUACUAUAGAGGUGCGGUUGGGGCCCUUCUCGUAUAUGAUAUAACCAAAAGGCAAACCUUCGACAAUAUCCAAAGGUGGUUGCGUGAGCUGAGAGACCACGCAGACUCCAAUAUUGUCAUCAUGAUGGUUGGAAACAAGUCUGACUUGGACCAUCUAAGGGAUGUGGCUGAUCAAGAUGGCCAAUCUCUGGCUGAAAAAGAAGGGCUUUCAUUUCUUGAAACAUCAGCACUUGAAGCACAUAACGUUGAGAAAGCAUUUCAAACCCUUUUGACAAAUAUAUAUCUUAUAAUUAGCAAGAAAGCAUUGGCAGCCCAAGAAGCAUCUGGUGCCAGUGCUUUACCUGGCCAAGGAACCACCAUUAGUGUCGGUGAUUCAUCUGGGAACACAAAGAAAGGCUGUUGUUCAACUUGAGUUGAAGUAUCUCUAGGAGUAACGAUCUUAAAGGGCAUCUAUUUCAUCAUUCUUUUCUUCUUCUUCUUUUGUGAUAAAAAGUACCUAUCUUUGACCUUGUAGAAUACCAUCUUACUUGAGAAGAAACGUUGUGAAUAUUGAAACAUGGGGUAGUAGCUUUUAUAAAUACACAAUUAUGGUUGUA